UCGUUCCUCAUCGACCUGGGUGUGGCCGAGCUAGACCGCUUCGACGACCGCGAGGCGUUGAUCUUCCGUGAGAACACGCUGGCCACCAAGGCCAUCGACGAGUACAUGAAACUGGUGGGGGGCAAGUACCUCCAGGACACGCUGGGCGAGGCGGUGGCCCAGGUCUGCACCUCAGACGAUAGCUGCGAGGUCGAUCCCAGCAAAUGUGCCGGACUCGACCUCUCCGACAACCAGAACAACCUGCGGCAGGUCUGCGAGGAGACUUUCCAGCGCAUCGCCACGUCCUGCGAUGCCUUCCCGGCGGAGCUGGGCGAGAUCUUCGCGGCGUGGCAGGAAGAGUGCGAGGCGCGGGGCAAGGCGUCCAUCGGGCAGCGUCUGGUCUCGGCCUCCCUCUUCCUGCGGUUCCUCUGCCCCGCCAUCAUGUCCCCCAGCCUCUUCGGCCUCGUCCAGGAGUACCCGAGUGAGGCCACGGCCCGUACCCUCACCCUCGUGGCCAAGGUCAUCCAGAACCUGGCCAACUUCACCACGUUUGGCGAGAAGGAGGCCUACAUGGACUUCAUGAACGAGUUCCUGGAGCACAACUGGAGCACCAUGACGACCUUCCUGCAGAGCGUGGCCAACCCCGAGAACAGCGUCCACAUGGCCACUUACGAUGGCUACGUGGACCUGGCCCUGGAGCUGGCCACUCUCCACCUCCUGCUCUGUGACAUCUUCUCCAGCCUAGACCAGGCCACGCAGGAGGAGCUGGAGCCCCUGCCCACCAUCCUCACCGCCAUCAGAGAGGGUACCCCUGUCCCCGUCUCCGUCCGGCUCAGCUCCACCACGGAGCGAAG